UGACAUGUUUGUAUUUUUCCAGGAACCCUCGGAAUUUCCCGUUACGUCAUCAUCAACCUGAUCUAUAAAUCUACCUCCUGCUGCUCUGUGCACUUCAUUCAUUCCGACACAAUGAUGGACAAGGUAACAUUCGAGAGGGAGAACAGCGAGCGGAUCCAAGCCGUGGAGAGUUCGUUCGGUCCGACGAGGAGGCUCCCGUUCAAACAGGAUCGGGUCCUGGUGGGGGAGGGCCACCUGAUGAAGCAGGGCCAGCGGAGGACUAAGAUGAAGGCCUUCUUCCUCUUCAAUGACAUCCUGGUGUACGGCAGCAUGAUCCUGAACGGCCGCUGGCACAAAAACCAGAAAAUCAUCCGCUUAGAGGACCUCCAGCUGGAGGACAUGGAGGACAGUGAGCGUUUGACCAACCAGUGGUUGAUCCGUACACGAACCAAGUCCUUCUUUCUGUCGGCCAGCUCAUUCGAGGAGAAGCGGGCCUGGAUCGACCACAUUGAAGAGUGCCGAGCCAAAAUGCUGCAGGGGGGCAGCUGCCAGCCUGGCUCCACCUUCGCUGUCUCCUGGAUCCCGGACAAGGCCGCCUACAAAUGCAUGCGCUGCUUCACCAAAUUCACACCAAUGAACCGUCGACACCACUGCAGACAGUGCGGCUUCGUGGUCUGCAACUCGUGCUCCAGCAGGCGAGUGGUGAUCAGCCACAUCCACCCCAAGAAGAAGCUGAGGGUCUGCAGGCUUUGCCACAAGAGGAGCACAGAAGAAGAGACAUCCCGCCCACGAAAGAGCAGCUCAGAGGAGGACGAUGUGGAAUCCUCCAGUGGUGAAGAGAACGAGUAUGAAACGAUGUCGAGCUGCGUCCCCAGCUACUGGCUCGACUCCCACAGUGGAAGGUGGGGAGAUAUCGGCAACUACACGGCCCACACGGCACUGCUGCUCCCCCCAGGCUACAUGUAAACACACCCAGACUGCUGCAGCUUCACUGAGCAUCAUAUUCAACUGGGACUGGAUUCAUAACAAAGAGUUUUGAAUGGACUAUGGACUUAUUUAAUAGAAACACAUGAAAUCCUUGUACAGUACAUCCCUCCAGAACAAAAUAUAAAGUGUCUCCUCUGGUUUGCAUUACUCUGA